AUGAUAACAACAUUGGAAACAAUACCAAAUGAAAUUCUUCUUAUGAUAUUUUCUCAUUUAUCAUGGUUUGAAUUAUUAAUGUCUUUAUCGUCAUUGAAUAAACGCUUUGAUCGGCUGAUAUGUUCUAUUCUCUCAAAAAUUGAUAAUAAAUCAAAUAAUGGUCUUGUUAUUAUUAACCCUGGUUUAUCAUAUAAUAAAUAUAAUUCAAUAUUAUUACCAUUAAUUUCUAAUCCAUUGUUACCAUUUGCUUCUUGUAUUCAACGUCUUCAUUUUGAUGGGACAAUUUGUAAUGAUUCUGAUUUAAGUUAUAAAUGGCUUUUUGAUAAUGAUAAAAAAAUUCUUCAUUUUCCAAAUCUUAAAUCACUUAUACUUACUCGAUGUUUAUUGGUAGAACCUUUAAUUAAAAGUCUACCUAUAUUUAUUAAAUAUCAACUUGAUGAACUUAGAUUAACAUUUGAUAGAGAUAUUAUUACAUUACUUCGAUAUCCAAAUGGAUUAUCGGCAAUGGAUUUACGUACAGGACAGUAUAUAACCACUGAUAAUCUACAGUUAAUAGUAUCUGAAAUGCCAUUUGAAAAUGAAAAAUGCAAAUUAACUGAUAUUCAAUUGCGAAACGUCACUAGACUUGAUUUUAAUCUGUAUUUUGAUCGUACGUCUGGGAAUUAUGAUGAAUCAAUUGAUCGAAUUAAAGCACGUGCAAAAGUCCUCGCUCAUCUUAUUUCAAUCCCUGUUCAACUCAAAGAUCUUCGAGCAUUUGAUGAACUAAGAAAAAAUGCACUGAAUACUGUUCAAUAUGCCGAAUUUAGGAUUCCUAGUUGUCAUCGUGGUUCAAACGAAUCGAUUCGUAUUGGUCAAAAUCUUGUACCUUUUCUUAGUACUUAUAUGUCUAAUUUACAAACAUUACGUCUUUGGCGUCUAGAUGAUUUUCCAUGGACAUCUAUUCGACCAGAUUAUAAUAAACAUAUAUAUUCUUAUUCACGUUUAGUCAAUCAAUGGUAUAAGUCACUUUAA